AUAGUGAUUGAUGGAUUGAUUAUAUGCCAUCAACUCUGGUUUCCAUAUCUGAGAUUCACUGUAUCUCUUCUAGCUCUUCCUCCCACCACCAAACCUCCAGUGGCAACUGAAUGUUUUACGGUCAACUUCACUGCAACCAAUUUGAUCUAUAGGCCACAGAUGGCUGAUCCCACAUCAAAGGUUUUCAGCUCAACACAACGAUUCUUCGUUAAUUUGCUGGGACAGAUAUUGAAGACCAGCAAGAUUGGUCCAUAUUUGAUCAGCUGUAGUUUAUCAACAUUAAGAUCUGUGAAUCAGGGUGAGAACACCGGCAUAGACAGUGUCUGCUGCUACCGUAAAAAUGCCACAGCUCCACCUUUUGAUCGAGUGCAGAUAUAUCAUAAAUUUGUAAAUGAGACCAACGGUUUCACCAAGAUGGGGAGGUACAGCUUGGACCCAAACAGCCUUUUUGUUAAUGAUUAUCAUGAAGCAUCACCUCAGACCACUCUUCCUCCCACCACCAAACCUCCAGUGGCAACUGAAUGUUUUACGGUCAACUUCACUGCAACCAAUUUGAUCUAUAGGCCACAGAUGGCUGAUCCCACAUCAAAGGUUUUCAGCUCAACACAACGAU